GACCUUGCGGUCUGAGCAAGAAACAGACAGUUAAACCAACGAGUCACGGGUCCUGUUGAGUAAACUUGCCUAAAUCCUCUCAUUUCCUGCAUGUGGUUGGGAAGAGGAAUCUUAGAAGCUGAGCCCCACUCUGCAGGAGCUCAACUGACCAUGGGUGAUGGUGACUCUCUCAUGAGGCUCUCUGUCGUCUCAUUCAAGGGAUCAAGGAGCUGGCUGGACAACCUGUUACUCUGGGCUCUGAUUCUUCCUAUCACAUUUCCAAACGCCGCAGUGGAUCGUAGGAGUGUGGAAAUAAACGAAUUACCUCCUCCAAAUCUGAACUCCAGUAUGAACGUGGUCAGGAUAGGCCAAAAUGUAUCCCUGUCUUGUUUCACCAAGAACACAUCAGCAGACAUCACCUAUUCGCUCUUUUGGGGCACAAAAUACCUAGAAAGCAAGAAAGGAAGAGGGGGAGCUGUGGAUUUCUACCUGAGGAUAUCCAGUGCCAACAAGACAGGCCCCUACAAAUGCAAAACUACUGUUUCCAACUUGUGGAAAUACAGUCAGGAUUUCAACUUCACAAUCGCUGAAGAUGAGAGCUGCUCUUCAUGUCAGCUGUCACUGUUGCUCCCAGGGGUGUUACUGGGCCUACUGGUAAUAUUCCUAGUUCUGGCUUUUUGGAUUUAUCUCAAAUACAAAAAAGGAAAGACUCUGAGAGAGAAUGCGUCCAAGGGUUCUGGAGAUGUGCCCACACAAGGUGAACUGUAUGCAAAUGUCUACAAAACUCAAACAGGGGCAGAACAACCCCAGGAGAUACACUAUGCCAUUCCAGUCUUCCAGGAGGCAGCACCCGCAAAACAAGAAGGCGAUGUGAAUAGAGAAGCUGAUUGCAUCUACUCUGAACUCACCUACUAAAGUGUGAAGAAACUGACUGUAUCCCAGUGUAAAAGACUUUCUAGUAAGCUGAUGUGUAUGGAGAAACAGGAAAUUCACCUGGCACUUAAAAGUUUCACUUUGAUGACAAGAUUAGAUGCCUAAUUUAGCCAAAGAAAUAGUGUCCGGAUGUAAAAAUACAUUCACUUUAGGUGACCAAGUUAAA